AUGAUGUUGAAGAGCCAUGGCCUUCUGGCUGCAGCUCUGGCCCUCGCAGGCUCGCCAGGUGCUGAGGCCGUCCUGCGCUUCUCCUGCUCUCAACUCGUUGUUGAGCGCCUGGACCCCCUCGUCUUUCCGGGCGUGUUCCAGUCCCCUCAUCUUCACCAGGUGGUCGGCGGCAACAUGUUCAAUGUGACCAUGGACCCCAACCGCCACAAUAUUGGUGAAGAAGCUACCUGCACGACGUGCACCUUCUCAGAAGACUUCUCCAACUACUGGACGGCCACUUUGUUCUUCCGUGCUCGUAAUGGCAGUUACAUUCGGGUCCCUCAGCGGCCCAACAUCGGCUUUGACGGUGCCCGUGGCGGCGGCAUGACCGUCUACUACACGGCCAGCUUCAUGCCUGGUCCCGUCAACAAUGUCAAGGCCUUCGCCCCGGGCUUCCGCAUGAUCGUCGGCAACCCGAUGUAUCGUACCGCUCAGGAGGCAAGCAAGUACCGCCAGCUGACCUUCACUUGCCUUGACAACAUGUUCACUCGCACUGGCGAGACCCCUACCAUGCCUACCCGUCCUUGCGCGGAGGGCAUCAUGGCCAAUAUCCGGUUCCCGACCUGCUGGGACGGCAAGAAUCUUGACAGCCCGGACCACGAGUCCCACGUGGCCUACCCGGAGUCUGGCAUGUUCGAAACCGGUGGCCCCUGCCCUGCCUCUCACCCCGUCCGCCUGCCGCAGCUUUUUUACGAGGUCAUCUGGGACACUCGCCAGUUCAACGACCUGUCCCUGUGGCCCGAGGACGGCUCUCAACCCUUCGUCUGGUCCUAUGGCGACUUCACCGGCUACGGCACCCACGGCGAUUACGUCUUCGGCUGGAAAGGUGAUUCGCUGCAGCGCGCCAUGAACGCUAACUGCGACGACUGCGUGGGCGUCCUCAAGACUCAGAGCAUUCAGCAGGCCAACCAGUGCCGUCAGGAGCAGAAGGUUAAGGAGAACAUUGAUGGUUGGCUCUCUGAGCUGCCUGGUAAAGUGCAGGUUACUGGACCGCAGCCUGGUACCGGCCCUGGAGGCGGCAACAACGGCGGUGGUAAUAACGGUGGUGGUAACUCUGGCGGCGGCAACAGUGGCUGCACUGUCCCUAAGUGGGGUCAGUGUGGUGGUCGCAGCUACACUGGCUGCACUACAUGCGCUGCUGGCUCCACUUGCCGUUAUCAGAAUGACUGGUACAGCCAGUGUUUGUAA